AAUCACUCAUCAUGUGGCCACAGCAAGAAGCUGCCAGCCUCUUCACGAAUUAGACUGAGGUCGAGAGAGUGAGAGAGAGAAAGAGAGAGACUGUUUGUAUGUGCUGGGGAACAACAAUUGUGGACUUCUAAACACAGGUUUGUCAGAUUGUUUCCACUUCACACGAACGGACAAAAGGGCACGCUCUGGAAAACCGCAAGUGAGAAUGCUCUUCUGAGACAGAUAAGUAAGCACACAGGCCUGCUAUCACAGGAGCACCGGGUUUCUAGCCCUGAGCAUGUGUGGGCAACCUGCACGGGCAUCAUGAUCUCGCACUAUCCGCUGGCAUCGCUGCUCCCCUGGCCGCCCAUCCCACACUGUCUGGACCUAGAUGGGGAGGGAGGGGUGGCCCUGCAGAGGUACCAACCACGGUCACCAGAGAGCAGCCCUCGUUGCUGGAGCUCUGUGCAGGACUGGGGAGAGGAGGUCGAGGAAGGAGCCAUAUACAACGUGACGCUGAAGAGGGUCCAAAUCCAGCAGGCGGCUAACAAAGGCGCAAGAUGGCUGGGGGCGGAGGGUGACCGCUUGCCCCCAGGUCACACAGUCAGCCAGUUGGAGACAUGUAAGAUCAGGAGUAUCCGGGCAGGGACACUGGAGCGCUUGGUAGAAACACUCCUCACAGCGUUCGAUGAUAAUGACCUGACCUACACUAGCAUCUUCCUCUCCACGUACAGGGCCUUUGCUACUACACAGAGUGUACUGGAGUUGCUGCUGGACAGGUAUGGCAGUUUUGAGGAUUGUGAGGGGGAGCGUAACCAGUGUCGGACUGGAGAGAGCAGAGUUGCUGUGAGAACUGCUUUGGCCUCUAUUCUAAGAGCCUGGUUGGAUCAGUGUCCAGAGGACUUCCAGGAACCUCCAUCAUAUCCGAGCUUGCACCGUGUGCUGGGUUUCCUGCAGAAGGCCAUGCCAGGCUCAGAGCCAAUGCGCCGGGCUCAGAGUCUGCUAGAACAAUUGCGUGUCCAGACCAGCCUAGAAAAUGAGUCUGAAGGAGGCUUUCAGUACAUCAACCCUUUCUGCAUUGGGGAAGAUGAGGAAGUGGAAAUCGAUUUGCAGGAGGACUUCUUCUCCUUCGACGUUGACCUUGUAGCAGAGCAGCUGACUUAUAUGGAUGCGCUGUUGUUUAAGAAGGUGGUUCCUCAUCACUGUUUGGGUGCUAUCUGGUCUCAGCGCGAUAAAAAGGACGGCAAACAGAGCGCGCCCACCAUCCGUGCCACCAUCACCCAGUUUAAUGCAGUAACAGCGUGCGUGGUCAGCACCAUCCUCCGUCAGCGGCAGAUACGCCCGCAUUUGCGUGCUCGCAUCAUCCAGCGCUGGAUCGACAUUGCACAGGAGUGUCGCAUUCGAAAGAACUUCUCAUCUCUGAGAGCCAUAGUAUCAGCGCUGCAGUCCAACCCCAUCUACAGACUGAAAAGAGUGUGGGCCUCUGUUUCCAAAGAUAGCAUGCAGAUGUUUGAAGAGCUUUCCGAUAUUUUCUCUGACCAGAACAAUUACCUUACAAGCAGGGAACUACUAAUGAGGGAGGGCACCUCAAAAUUUGCCAGUCUGGACAGCUGUGCCAAAGAUCACCAGAAAAGAUCCCACAAGAGACUUCAGUUACAGAAAGAGAUGGGUGCCAUGCAGGGGACAAUUCCAUACCUGGGAACAUUUCUCACAGAUUUGACCAUGCUUGAUACAGCACUGCCUGACCAAGUGGAGGGAGGACUGAUUAAUUUCGAAAAGCGGCGCAGAGAGUUUGAAGUGAUCGCUCAAAUUAAGCUCCUGCAGUCUGCGUGUAAUAGUUACUGUCUGACCUCUGAUCCUGCAUUUCUGCGCUGGUUUAAAAGUCAGCCUCAGUACUCAGAGGAGGAGAGCUAUGCGCUGUCUUGUGAAGUUGAAGGAUUGGGAGACAACAGCCCAACAUCACCAAAACCCCGUAAGAGUAUGGUGAAGAGAUUAAGCCUACUCUUCUUAGGAACCGACACCACGAACACAAGCUCUCCUGUGAGAGAGAGUCCUCGAUCGCCUCCUACUGGCAGCUCUGGGGAGAGCAUGGACUCAGUCAGUGUGUCUUCCAGUGACUCUAGUCCCUCAGAGAGUGAAGGCAUGACACCCACACACUCUAUAGACACUCAUCUGAAGAAGCUGUCAGAUUCUUCCUCCUGCACCUCAUUGCACUCCAUGGACACCUCCUCCUCUACAGCCAGCGCUUCCAUAUCUCUGGCCUCCCCGACCCUGUCCGGGCCCCCCUGCAUGCACCGCCGCUCCAUCUCGUGGAUGCCCAUGUCCCCCACAUCACCUGGAUUUCCUCCUGCCUAUAACACACAAGCUCAGGAUGCGUGCAUCAUCCGUGUAAGCCUUGAACAGGGAAACGGAAACCUCUACAAGAGUAUUAUGCUGACCAGUCAGGACAAAACUCCAGCUGUGAUCUCUCGAGCCAUGGCCAAACACAACCUGGAGGGUGAGCAGGCUGCUGACUACGAGCUAGUGCAGGUCAUCUCUGAGGAGAGAGAAUUGGUCAUCCCCGACAACGCCAACGUGUUUUAUGCCAUGAGCACCUCUGCGAACUUUGACUUCCUGUUGCGUCUGCGUGGUUCUGAGGGGAGGCCAGUUCAGCUGCGCAGUCGUUGCAUCUCCACACUACCGCGCACACAGCAACGCUCCAGUCUGUCCCUCAGGCUCAGCAAGGUCACACUGUGACCUCUGACCUUUUUUGGACCAGAACAGGCUUUGUAAAAAGACUACAGCAGGUGGAGUACUAGAAAAUAGCCUUUAGAGACUAUUUCAAGGGGAGUUUAUUGACUUCAGAACAUUUCAGAACUAAUUUAGACAUCUCAUGUUCUUCCAUGCUGCCUUUUGAAAUGAAAGGCUUAUGUUAAUAGUAGCAUGUGCCUCCACCUCCCCACCUGGCCCACAAAAGACUCAUCCCAUCCUCCCUAUUGCUGGAUAUUUUGCACAAGUGCAGGAAAGUCUCCUGCUCCUCAUCAGUAUUUUCAUAACAGCACAUCUCUUCCCAGGCGAGAGGCCUACACGACUUCCUCAGAGAGAAAGAGGAGAAUGAAAGAAGCUGUGGGAAGAGAAGUUAAACAACAACCAUGUUGCCUUUAUCAACGGUAAUGAUGGAACUCUUGCAUCAGUAUUGAAGAUGAACUGCAGUAGCUGUGAUGUCGUCAUCAACGUGUCCUUCUCCUGUCCACUUGCGCACUGUGUGGACAAUGUGGAUUGUAUCCCUAGACUUAAAGUGCUUAGACUGGCUCACUAAGAAUCCAUAGAAUUACAUUUACUUUCCAACUUUAAGUGCAAAAUUGCUAAAAGAACAACUGUUUCCUUUAGAUAUCACAAACGGUAGAUAUCCGAUGAAACAAGAUGUAUGCCUGUUCUGCCUAUUCUAAGCAUUUUAUCUCUAUUUCUGUGUUUCUCAUAUUGUGAGCUGUGUGACGAAUGCAGAAAAUAUGCAUUCUGAUUGGUUCCUGCUUGGUUUUAUCAAGUCUGUGGUGUUUCCUUUCACGAUUGGAUCCGAGUUGUGUCUUUUAAGGUGUGGUCACACAGCACCAAUAGGAUGGGUUUCUAUUAGGAAACCUGGAUUGAGCUGCCUUCCUCUAUUAUGAAAGUGCACUUGCUAUAGAGUGGGCGGAGUCAAUAGGUGUGUACUAAAAAGAGCACUUGGUCCACUUUUUGUAGCUUUCUUCUCUUCUGUCUUCAAGCAUUGCUAUAUUAAUGAUAUACUUUUCUUUUUUUUUUUUUUUUUUAUACGUAUGUUUUUGUAAGAGAUGAAGUAUCCACGAUAUCUAUGAAAAAAAAGGAUUUAGGAAGUUUUAAAAAGAUUUCGUUAACUAAAAGAGAAAAUGUAAAAAAAAAAAAAAAAAAGCUGUGAAAUAUGAAUGUGUGAUUGUAAAGUGAGCAUUAAAGCAAGUCAGUCAUUUCCAUCAACCAGCACAAUAAUCACUCUCAUUGUACCCCCGUCACCCUAGAAGAUGUUUUCCAAUGCAUUUUACUUCUGUGCACCCAGUGAAUAUCACAAAAACUUGUUUUACACUAAAACAAAUAGUUUUACACUGAGGCAUUUUAACACCAAAUAGUUUAAGGCUUAUGGAAUUUUUUGCCUUAAUCCUGUUCUUUCUCUACAUAAUUCCCAUAAAUUUGUUAAUCUGGUAUGUAAUAAUCAUUAGUUGGCCAUGACUCCUGGUAAAUUGUCAACAGAUGUACUACAGAACGUGCCAAACAUGCCUUUUUUUUGCCUUUUGUUCUCUCGCACUAAUUAAGAAACUUAUGUUUGUUACAUUGAACACGUAAGACUUUGAUGACACUAACAGUUUUUCAACAAGGUAAAAAUGUAGUGUUUUAACCGUAGUGGGGGCAUCAGUGUUUGUAUUUAGAUUCAUUUGUCUUAAUUCAAAUUUAUUCAGCACUUGUAAAUUUUCUCCAUUCUUUAUUUUGAAUAUUUCUUCACUACCAAAGAAUUGUACAGAGAGUCGGUGAAUAAAUUAUUAUCAUUAUGAUGUUUUGUAAUUUGAAUAUUACUUUUCAUGAAUUAAAUGGAGACUCUCUGAAAGUACUGUGGAUGUUGACUGAAACUGACUUGGCUUGCAUCACACCUAAAAUACCAUAAUAAGAAAAUGACAGGUAUUGAUUCAUUCA